AUGGCGAGCAUUCAAUCGUCUGCGAGUAUGCUGUUAGACACCGAGACAGAGACAGAAACGAUGGCGACAUCAGUCAAAGAGAGACUCAUGCACCAGUUACGCAACAUGGAAGGCGACCAGAGGGCUUACCAUGACGAUUCUGAACGCACCAUCACCAGGCAAUUGCGAGAACUAAGUCAAUUACAGCACGAACAUGAAAUUCUGGCAACAAACAUAGCCCUGGCCACGUCCCCACAGAAGGUACGGAAGGAUAUUAAUGAUUCAACAGAGAUAAAGACACUGCUACAAAGCAAGGAGGAGUACGACUGCCUGGCUGAACAGGAGAAGAAUCUGAUUGCUAAGCUUGAUGCACAGAUAAAAGAACAAGAAGAUAAAAUUAUGAAGCACAAGAUGUCGACAGGCGGGAUGAGGAAUGUUCACCAACGACGGAGACAUUUGCAAAAACAAAUCCAUACUUUGGAGAAUCAACUAAACUUGUCGACAAUAAAGUUUAACUCCAUACUGACGGAAAAUUGCAAGCUCCGUGAAGAAAUUAAUGUUCUGAGAAUUAAUAAAGAGAUCUACACCAAACUAUACAACAAACUUAGCACAAAACUCCAAGAACAAAAGAAAAUAAUGAAAGAAAUAGUUGAGGAGUCUGUACAAGCUUAUGACCAACGGAUGGAGGCAGAAACUAGAAUACAUGCAGUGAAGGAACGAAGUGCAAAAGAUAUCCUGCUGUACAACACAGAAAUAAAGGAACUGAUGCGUGUUAUUGAUCACGAGACAAAACUCAAGGACUUCAUCCUGAUUAAAUUUCGACAGUUUUCGAAAGAAGAUCAUUCUCUGGAUAAGAUUAGUAAGAAAACUGCUCAGGAAAUUGAAUACGAGGCAUAUGAGGAAGUGUAUAAUCAACUUAGACAUUUGACUGGCAGAGACAAUCUUUACAGUUUGGGUGGUGAGUUUAUUGCCACAGAAGAGAAAAAUUAUGCACUGUUCAAUUUUAUAAAUGAAAUUAAUAUUCAACUGGAACACAAGCAAGAGAAGAUACAGAAUGUUAAGAUAGACCACACGUAUACCACACGUAUACCACACAUAAAUACAAUCAGUUCAAUUUCAAGCACAAUACGCACCAAAGAAUUUCUAAGAAGCAAAAAUAGAAUACACAUUUCUUAUUCUAAUUACUGGACCUGGAAUGAUUAUAUUAUUAAACCCACUGAUAAUUUUGCAUUUUUAAAUGUGCAGGAAGAAAUAUUACAAAUCCAAAACCAACGUCGCCAGAGCGAGGAAGAUAUGCACAAACUCAUCAAGGAGCUCGAGCACGCCCUUGAGGACACAACCCAGCAGACGAAUACAUAUGAAAGGAUGUACAUACAUGUUAGCAAAGCUCUGGAUCAACUGAAAUCCAACGUGGAAUCCCUUGCCAAGAAAAUACAUUGUGACUUAACACCAAUCCAGAGGAAAUUGUGCGGGAACGAUGGGAUCUUAAAUUUCAACGCACUGGAUUAUUUAGGCAUCAUUGAAAGGAAAUCAAUCGAUCUUCUACAGCUCCACAUGCUGACAAUCCAGUUAGCAGAGUUGAAGAAGGAAUCUCCCAUCCUCAGUCCUGCAAGCAGUUUAUCCAGUAUUCCCAAAGUGAACAUCAUGAUAGCUGGAGCAGAGCUGACCAGACAUGUGAAGCCUAUAAAAAUCUCCUCGCCGAUCAUCGAGGAUGAGGUUGACGUCGAGUUGGAGAAAGAAUCUGAUUCGGAGGUUUUAUUUCCCAUGAAUUACUACCAGUUGCGAGACCUAGUUUUACAUGAACUGGAAGGAGCAAAGUAGGGGGACAACGGCAUGAAACUAUCCCUGAAAAUUCAUCAGGAAUAGUGUGUAAAAACCUGUGAUAAUCGCUACCCGAGGAUGAAUCGUAAAUAAAUGUUGUUUUUA